AUGUCAGAUAUGGACAUAGACAUCGUGUCAUUAGGGUCCUGGGAGGACUUUAAUUUCGGGGAAGAAGACAGUACCAUGGAACCGACAACAGAGAACCUCUCUGGCGAACCGACAACAGAGAACAUCUCUGACGAACCGACAACAGAGAACAUCUCUGGCGAAUCGACAACAGAGAACAUAUCCGACGAACCGACAACAGAGAACAUCUCUGGCGAAUCGACAACAGAGAACAUCUCUGGCGAACCGACAACAAAGAACAUCUCUGACGAACCGACAACAGAGAACAUCUCCGACGAACCGACAACAGAGAAUACCGCAAACAACAGCAAACAAUAUAAAGACUUCGGCACGCAAACUGAUGAAGUGAUACCGCCACUCUGGGAAAUUCUAGAUGUGCUAGGGAUGUCUCUAAAUAAGCGACUGAAAGAGAAUCCCGAAAAACCGAUACCGCCAAAACAACCAGAAUCACCGAGGGCGGUAAUUAAAGUCGGUGGGAAAACUGCCAGUUCAAACCAAUUCUCUUCUGCUCGAGCACCUAUUGCAGCUCCUGCAAAGUUCCCUGCCGUUAGGCAGCAUGAGAGGCGCGCUCACCCAGUCGAGUACCAACGAGCGCUAGAAGCAAAAACCGCAGUACCUGAACCACAGCUAAUGGAAAAGAUCGCUAUGAUCGAAGCCAAAAGCAUGGGCGGUGUAAUAUCGAUCAAAGAGGUAAAGUCUGCAACCGGAUUGACAGAACAUCAAAUCCGCCAUCGCCGCGAAAAGCCGGAAUAUGCUGGCUUUCUAAAGCGGGCCAGGGAGAAGGUAAAGGAAUGUGUCUUUAAAACCUUCCACAUAAAGACGUCCCCGAAGUCUUCCACAUUCGGCCAGCCCAAAUCAGUAACAGGAGCAACAUCAUCUAGCUCCCUCUCGACCGAUACAGUGAGCUCUAAAAAGCAGACCCCCACAAAACCUCGAGAUGCCUCUGCAAAGAAGGCGAAAGACACGACCUACAGUCACCCGGAUACCGAAACCAGCGUUGACAAGACGGGGACCCUAAGUAUGCGAGGGAAGAAGAGACCACCUUCUUCACCCCUGGAGCCCCCCCCCCCCCCUAUUCCGGUUAGGCCGAGAAUGGCACUAGAAGCCAUUAACACUGAGCCGACUCCAACCAGAGGUGCCGUAGUCGCGGGAAACAAGCAAGCGACAUCUCCUUCCAACACCAUCGGAAGGAAGCGACCGGCCGAUCGAGACUCUCUGAGCCAGGUUGACGGCGAAUUACUUAUCAAGCGUACCGAGAUUAAACGGUAG